UCUUCCUUUUUUUCUUUUUUAAAUGAUUUGAUCAACUAAGAUUUCUUGCAUCCAUUCCUUGAUGUGAUGCUUGAAGAAUGCUGGAAGCCAAGUUGACAUAUUUGUUAACUAAAUGUGAAAAAUCGAACCAGGCGAAGCAAAUCCACGCACAAAUCCUCACCAACGGUCUUACCCAUCUCGAGCCCGUCUUGCUCCAAAUCCUCCUCUCUGGACGCAACUCCUCACACAUCAUCUCUCAAUACGUUCAACAAAUCCUCAAGAGAUUGCGAGACCCUGAUGUCUUUUCAUGGUCCUUCACCAUUCGAUACUUCACUCGGCACGGCAGAUUUAAAGACGCCGUUGCUCUCUAUGCCCAAAUGCAGAGUCUGGGACCAAGCCCCACUACCUUUGCUGUUUCAUCAGCCCUCAAAGCAUGUGCUCGAAAUGCAGACAUUAAGAACGGGAAAGCAAUCCACUCGCAGGUUCACAAGUGUGGAUUCAAUGGGGAUGUUUAUGUGCAGACCGCUCUUGUAGAUUUGUAUUCGAAAUUGGGUGAUAUGAUGACUGCACAGAAAGUGUUCGAUGAGAUGGCUGACAGAAAUGUUGUCUCGUGGAAUUCAAUUCUGUCUGGGUAUUUGAAAGCAGGGGAUUUGGAUAUGUCCCAGAGGGUUUUCAAGGAGAUUCCAAAGAAAGAUGUGGUCUCCUGGAACUCAAUGAUAUCUGGGUAUGCAAAAGUUGGGGAUAUGGAGAGUGCAAAUUUUUUGUUCCAGCAAAUGCCUGAGAGAAAUGCUGCCUCUUGGAAUGCAAUGAUUAGUGGGUAUGUUGAUUGCGGGAACAUAGAAACAGCACGGAGAUUAUUUGAUGAGAUUCCAUGUAGAAGCGACGUAUCUUGGAUUACUAUGAUAUCUGGGUAUUCAAAGAGUGGCUAUGUUGACUCUGCUCAAGAGCUCUUUGAUCAAAUGGACCAAAAAGAUCUACUCUCAUGGAAUGCCAUGAUUUCUUGUUAUGCUCAGAACAGUCGACCAAAAGAGGCUCUCCAACUAUUCAAUAAGAUGCAAGAGCCCAAUGUCAGUGUACAACCUGAUAAGAUGACUUUGGCCAGUGUUAUAUCUGCAUGUUCUCAGUUGGGGGAUUUCAGAUAUGGACCGUGGAUUGAGGCAUUCAUAAAGAAAAUUGGAAUCGAGUUGGAUGAUCAUUUGGUGACGGCCCUAAUUGACCUUUAUGCAAAAUGUGGUGGCAUAGAUAAGGCACAUGAACUCUUUUGUGGCUUGAGAAAUAGGGAUUUGGUUGCUUAUAGUGCAAUGGUUUUAGGCUAUGGCAUCAAUGGAAAAGCUUUGGAUGCAAUUCGGAUAUUUGAAGAGAUGAUAAAUGCCAAGAUCCAUCCCAACUUAGUAACUUUCACUGGAAUUUUAACCGCCUAUAAUCAUGCUGGUUUGGUUGAAGAAGGUUACCGUUGCUUCACUUCCAUGAUAGGUGAGUAUGGACUUCUGCCCUCCGCUGAUCACUAUGGAGUCAUGGUCGAUCUUCUUGGCCGGGCUGGACAGUUGAAAGAGGCCUAUGAACUAAUAAAGAGUAUGCCCAUGCAGCCUCAUGCUGGGGUUUGGGGAGCAUUGCUUCUUGCUUGCAAGAUUCAUUCCAAUGUUGACCUUGGGGAGAUUGCAGCCCAACAUUGCUUUGAGUUAGAGCCUGAUACAAGUGGGUACUAUUCUCUUUUAGCAAAUCUAUAUGCCUCUGUUGGUAGGUGGGAUGAUGCCAAGAGAUUGAGAAAGGUGAUGGAGGAGAAAGGAAUGACCAAAAUUCCUGGAUGUAGCUGGAUGGACUCAACAUGACUCCUUUCACUUUUGAUAUUAAAUCUAUGAUUUCUUUCUUGAACUAGUCAGCGGAUACAUUCAUAACACUGAUUAUAUCAGGAGAGUGCAGAAUUCAUAUCUCAACUCUGAUGGGCUACAGUAGCUUCCAUGGUUUUGUAUGAUGGGGCUACUUCUCAUCAUCUUCCAAUUGGAUGUUUGAGCUCUGUUGCUGGUUCAAAGAGAGAGAUGCUACGUUAUUCUUUAUCUGGGUGGCCCAUGGUGAGCUGAAAAUUCGUCUGUGAGCAACUCACUUCUCUCUAGAAUGAAAAUCAUAAGUUUGUUAAAGAAUUUGCGAAGACCAUAGAUUUAUGAAUCAUCAUCUCAAGAUAAUAGAACUCUUCCAGUGGCGAUCAUUUUGAUUUUCUUGGUCUUACUGGCAGGGCCUAGGCGCAAGCAUAUGUCUAAUUUUAUUGGGCUGGUUAAGCUUGGGCUUCAUAUUCAGCCCGGUCCAAAGAAGCCCAUGUCCUCAUGAUGUAAUAAUUUUUUAGCUCCUGGAAGCAUAGAGAGGGUUGUGGGAAAGGAAGUGUGGCCCCUACAUCAGGGCAGGGGUCAAUGGGAGCGCAUGUGAAAGCAUCAACAGAAUGGGAUUUCUGCCUUUUAUGGGGGUUCAGAUGGUCAUUGCAUCCCAUUUUGUGUCAAGGCAUUGGAGCAACAUUGUCUUUUACGCUUCUUUUCCCCCAUCCCCAUGUAAAUUAUAUUUUAUAAAUCAGAGUCAUUAUUAUUAUUUU